AUGGGAGAUCGUAACAAUCCUAUUAAGUUCGGCCCCGAGUGGCUGCGUAAUUUGGCACGCGAGCGUACUGCUGGGAGGGCGACUACAGUACAGACAGCCACAAGGCCCGGGGCCGCGGGAGGCAGCAGGCCUGCCGGGUCCCAGGGGGCCGGCUCGACGUGCACAGGCUCCCCGGGGGCCGGCCCCUCUACAACCACGGGAGUAUCGAGUUCGGGCCCCGUGGGGGCCUCGCUGACUACAGGGCCCGCGGCCUCCGCAGCAGCUUCCAGCACGACCGCAGUCGCGGGCGCCUCAGGGACAAACUCAAGAAAUACAAACAGUAACCAUCAGAAGAUACAGCUCGCUAAGCUGAGAUACGGCAGGGAGGAAAUGCUGGCAUUGUACGACAGGAACGCGGAGGCGCCAGAGGAAUUGAAAUACUUCGACUUGUUGUACCAGCCGCGGGGGAAACCGCCUGUUGCUCUCAACACAUACGACGAUGAUACGGUGGGAGGCUGCGUGCCAGGGGUGGCUAACCGGGGGCUGGUGUUGCAGCGGGAGGCGCGCGGCCCGGGGGCGGGGGCGGAGCGCUACGGCGCGGGCCGAGGUCGAGGGGCUCCGGUAGAAGUGCGCGGUCGCUCGCGGAUGCCGUUCGUGAGGCACGCAUCAACCGUCUCCGCUGGCAGGGGGGCAACGUCAUUGCAUUCCGGUAGUCCGAGAAUGCCAGGGUAUAGCGGUGGGCUCGAUGACGAAGGCCCAAGUAGACCUUGGAGUAGCAGCAAUAACAGCGGUUCACCCAGAAAUGAUCAAGGCGAUUGGACACCUAAUAAAAUGUUCCGCAGUCCGCUGAGUCUCGAACUCGGUUCACCGGGCGCAUCGACUUUACUUCCGCGCAGUGCCCACGACACCAGAGAGCGUGUGACGUAA